AGGUGGAACCUUGGUCGAACUACGGUAGUCGAACCACUCGGUCGAACGUUGGGCAUGUCCGGGUUUUGGAACGGGGUUUCGCUACUGGCAAGAUCGGCAAGAUUGAAGAACUCUGCCCGCGCUGUGCUGCCUAAGGAAUCGCGCGCUUCGUGAGGAUGGCAAAGCGACACUGGGCGCGUUGCUGCGUGCCCGGCUGCAGCAGAGGAGUGCUGCAGAGGGAGCAAAGCCGGCCUCUGUCGGUUUUCCGAGUGCCUCGCGAUGCCGCGGCCAGGGAGGCUUGGGAGAGGCGGCUCGAACUGACAGCCGGCUCGCUGCGGGCCGACAGCCAGCUGUGCGAGCUACACUUUGAGCCCAGCCAGAUCCGUCGCGACUACGUGCAUCUCAUUGGUGGAAAGGAGGUGAGGAUACCACGUGGCAGGGCAGCAUUACUGCCUGGUGCGCUACCACUGGCACCUCAUGGUGAAGAGCGUGCCGAUCCCAAGAGGCCGGGCGAUGAGCUCAGCUCCAUCAACGAGCAUGUGGACAAGCUCUCAGCCCUUCACCUACCCUCCAAGUACUGGUCCUGCAUUCGCUGCCACAACCUCGAAGGCGCUGUGUUUGUCACAUCGUCAUUUAAUCCUGCCACAACUGACUUAGUCACUGAGAAGAUGGUGGUUGUGCAGUGGGCUCCCAAUGAGAAGCAAGAAGCACUUGUGUGUGAAACAUUUGUACAUGGACGUCGCUUGGGGGAUGUGAUUGUGGGUGAUCUGUGUGCUGUCCAGCAGGCACUCUGUGUGCUGGAUGCAUUGCAGCUCUGUGUAGGUGUGGGCAGCGUUGAGUAUGUGCUCGAGCAGUUGGGUGGUCGUCUGACAGCUCACUUGGAGCACAGUCUAGUGGUGCAUGGAGACACCUACUUCAGCCAUGCCUGCGUGGCCACUGUGGAAGCAGUAGGUGCAUCUUGUGUUUCUUGCAAGCUGGCCAGGAAGGCUGUGCUGACCAAGAAGUCAGCACUGCUCAGGAAGAACUUUCUUGUGUCAUAUGUGGACAGCUCUGCAGAGACUAAGUGAGCCAAGGGGCUGCUGAGGCCAUGGCUACAGUGGCAAAGUCCUGGAAAAGACCUGUCAGAUGGUUGCCCUGUCAUUCUAUGUGUCAUCUGUUCAACUUGAAUGGACUGUGAAGUCAUGAACAAAAGUGUGCAAACUAUGUCUACUUUGUAUACUUUGUAAAAAAGAUUCAGUGUGGUACUAUUAGCUUCUGCAUGUUACUAUGUCUAAGUACAAAAUGUACUUAUUAAUUUUGCUGUAAGCGCCACAAAUGUUACUGAGCACAUUUUAAAAUGCUCCUGCUGAGUUUCAUUGCUGAAUAAAGUACUAAUGAUCUGUUUA